AUGUCGCGCAACGCAGACGUCAAUCGGCUCGACGGUUUUGAUCUAGCUCUCAGAGGCGCAGCUAUUUUAAACGACAAAGAAAUCUCACAUAUUCUACUAGAAUCGCCAACUGGGCACUGCCGCUCCGGCGUAGCCUUCAAUCGCUGCAUAGUUGAAGCCUUCAAGCGCCAGCAUCUCGAGCUCGGAUGGUUAUUAAUAGAUCACGCCCAAGGCCAAGACAUCGAAAUCGCACUCACCCAAUCUCUGCGACGAAGCAGCCGCAACGGCUGGACCGAAACUGCACGCUCGCUGCUCGACAGAGGCGCAAACAUCAACGGUACCGGCGGCGUCUUCUCGCCCCCGCCACUCGAACUCGCGGCUUUCGGCGGCCAUGAGGACACCGUGCAGCUCUUGCUCGAAAGAGGAGCGAGUCCGGAAGCCGGAUCCGGUCGCCUUGGGGCGAUAGUCGGGGUGGCGUAUAGCGGACACGCAGGGGCCGGUCGAAAGCUGCUUGAUGCGGGCGUGCAGCUGCCACCGAGCGCCUGGACGUUGCUGCUAGAGAAAGCGGCACGGCACGAGUCUGGUGACUUUAUCCGCCUACUUGUGGAGAGGGGUGUUGUGGAUCUUCACGCGCUGGAUGAUGGUGAUUUAGCUAACCUUGUGGUUUAUGCUUGUGCAUACGGGAAUAUCGACUUGGUGAAGUUCUAUGUCAAGCAUGGGCUCCCUGUUGCAGGUCCGCUGUUUGAGGAGCAUUGCGAUGCGCAACCAAUUGCUUUCGCAGUUGCAUAUGGGCAAAGAGAUAUGGAGAAGGCUCUGCUAGAGCUCGGUGCUACGCCUGUAGAUCUUUCGCAGAGUUCUUUUGGGGAGGGCUUUGCUGAUGGGUCGUACCCUUGUGCGCCACCGAAGAUGGAAAAGCCACGAGAGUAUGAUAUUCUAUACUGA